GUUCAGAUUGUACUAGCAAAUCUCCCCCAAGUGGGGAAAAAAAAAUUUGGGACAAGAAAGCGAGAGGAGAGGAGAGCAACCAUGGUGUCACAGGUCGCGUCGCCGCGGCCUCGUCGCGUCCGCCGCGCCGGCGGAGGGGGCAGCGACUGGGCGUCGCUCCCGGCGGAUCUCAUGUCCUCCGUGCUCAGGCGCCUCGCCGGUGACCGCGAGCGCGCCCGGUUCGGCGCCGUGUGCAAGGGGUGGGGGGCCGCCGCCGCCAGGCUGCCGUCGCGGCCAUGGCUCGUCGGGUCCCGCGCCGACGACUGGACCGGCCUGAGCGGCGCCACCAUGUCGUCGUUCUGGCUCUCCCUCGGGCAGCGCGGCCUCGUGCCGUUCGCCGUCGACGUGCCCGCCGGAUCUGAGUACCUGUCCUCCUCCCGUGGCUACCUCGCGCUCUCCAACCCCACGGGUAACCCUAGGGUGAUCACCCUCUUCAACCCCGUCACCGGCCGCCGGAUCCCGCUGCCGCCGAUCGGGUUCUUCAAGAAGUGGCACGACGUGGCCACCAUUGUGCUGUCGGCUGACCCGGACACGGCGGAGGCGUGGUCCGCGGUGGCCGUCGGCUUCCCGGCGAACUGCCUCGCGUACUACAGCUCCGCCACCAACGACUGGAAGCCCAUCAGGUUCAACUACUCCUCCGGCUACGCCGGCGUCGAGCACUUCAGGGGGCGGUUCUACGUGGCAUUCAAGUCGGAGAUCAGCGUGCUCGAGGUUGACGUCGCCACCCCCGCCGCCAUUAAGAUCGAGAUAGCCCACGACGACGACGACGAAGACGCGGACGUCUUCGACAUCGACCUCAACCUCGACCACGAGACCUCGAACAGCGACGACGACGACGACGACGACGACGACUGCGCCGACACCCUCGCCGGGUUGGGCGACGAGGAUUACCCGCUCAAGUGCCUCGUCGAGACCCACCUGGUGGACUGCGGCGGCGAGCUGCUGGUCGUGUCGAUGCACGACGAGGUGGCGUACAAGAAGCCGAGCCCGGAAUCCGCCGUCGGCCGCAAGCCCCGCAGCCACGACGACGAGCGGUGGGUGGACGUGCACAGGGUGGAGUGGCUGGAGAGCGGCGCGGCGCGGCUGGUGCGCAUGGAGGACCUCGGCGGCUACGCCCUGUUCGUGGGGCGGAACCACGCCUUCUCGCUCUCGCCGGAGGAGUUCCCGGCGUGCCAGCCCAACUGCAUCUACAGCGUCGAGCAGCAGGGCCACCCCGACGGGCUCGUCAGGGUGGUGAACUUCAACGACGACACGACCGAGUGGGCUUGCCCCGACGAGGACAUCUUCCCCGACGACGACAUGCGAGGCUCGCCGACGGCAGGCUGGGCUCGCCGUGGCUGGGUCUUCCCCAAAUACUCCUAAGGUCGGUAAGCUCAAUCUGGAUGCCAUUAUGAUCCAAGAGGAUGCUUUGCUUAAUUAGUUGCUUCAUGGCUCCAGUAUACCAUACCAAAAUCGUUCCGAACUUUUGAGUUUAACUACAUUGCAAACAUUGCAUUGUAAUUUAAGUUGCCAAACAUCGAUCUGUGGCUGGGUUUAGUUCGAUCGCAAGCAUUGUGUAUGUGGCCAAACAUUUGGCUGGGUUUAAUUUAGUUUCAACUUUCAAGUACUGUGAAUGAGUC